CCUCAUCGCAACAAAUAUACCCAACAAAACCCCCAUAAAUCUCUCACCAAACCCCUAUCUUUUAUUUUAGAUUAGAGAGAGAAAAUCUAGAGCAACAUAAAAAAAAGGAAAAACUAACAGAUUGAUUCAAUUCGAAUUCAAUGAUGGUGGGCGAACAAGCAAACGAUUAUCGGUGGUCGACGACGAUGUCCAAUUCCUUGGCGACCGAUUCAUCGGCUUGGUCGAGAAACGAGGACAAGGUGUUCGAGCGGGCGUUGGUGGCGUUCCCCGAGGAAAUGGCCGACCGGUGGGAGAAGAUCGCCGAACGGAUCCCCGGGAAGUCGGCGGGGGAGGUGAAGGCGCACUACGAGGCGCUGGUGCAGGACGUGAUCGAGAUCGACUCGGGCCGGGUCGAGCUGCCGAGUUACCCCGACGAGUCGGAGUCGGAGUCGGCGCUCGGGUGGGAGGCGGCCGAGUCGAGUCAGAUCUCGUUUGGGCCGGCGGCGGGGAGGAAUAGGGGCGGGGAGGUCGAGAGGAAGAAAGGGACUCCGUGGACAGAAGAAGAACACAGAUUAUUUCUAAUUGGUCUCCAAACAUACGGCAAAGGGGACUGGAGGAGCAUUUCGAGAAAUGUGGUAGUGACUAGAACACCUACCCAAGUGGCUAGCCAUGCCCAGAAAUUCUUUCUCCGCCAGAACUCCAUCAAGAAGGACAGGAAGAGGUCAAGCAUUCAUGACAUCACUACCACCGUUGAUACCCAACCUAUUCCUCCACCGUCUCACUUCCCAAAUCAAGGAGGCUCCAUGGGGUACCAAAACUUCAACUAUUCGAUGUAGAGAUGACCAAGAUAAGAAAUGCGUAGGAUUGUAUAUAAAACAAAUACUUGGAAUUGACUAGCUAGUCUGUAGAGCUUUAUUCAUUCUCAACUUAUAGUUAGUUAGGGGAUGUGAAUAUCAGGGAUAGGAUGUGAAUUUCAGGUACAGAUUUAGGUUUAGCACGACACGGCUUGCUGUUUACUUAUCGAGUUAUAUGUGUCGUGUACUUCCAAGUGAUCUAGAACUCAUUAAUUAUAUAUUUUAUAUCAUCUUAUUCCACAUGUAAUAGAAGCUAUAUGAGCAUUGGCUGGUAAUUGGGU